AUGCCGACUGCCAAGUUCCAGAUGGAUGAGCAACGAAAAGGGAACGACACCACCACAGACUUACAGUAUCUUGGACUACCCCCAGAGAAUGAGAACUUGUUUGAAGCAACACUUGUACUUCCAGUGCACACUCAGCUCCCCGAUUUAGCUGAACCAUCAUCGCUUAAUGCUAUAAAGACAGACAAAGAAGUAUGGAUUGUUCAAGAAAAGCCAAAUGCCCUGCAUCUUUACAGCCGUACAAUUCUAUCCCUUCAAGAGGGAUUUAAGGCUGUCAAUUGGGCUAUCCACGAUAUGCGUCUGGCUAAACAGAACGUGUCAGCUCGGUUCCUGGUUCAGAUGCCCGCCAAUGAUCACCAUGGCAGUCUCAUUACUGUUCAUCUAGAUAGCCGUCCACUGGUCGAGCAUUCGCGUGUAACAAACGCCAAACCAACAGAAGUGGCCUACGAUAUUCUUGAACAACUCGGAGCCAAUUUCUUGUCAUCCACGAAUGCCCUGCAAACUCUUAAUGGACCUCUUCAAAUGCGUGUCGAUUUUGGGCAUGUCACCGUUCGACGCAAAAAGAGGGAUGUAGGUAACACGAUGUCAUAUCCUGAUUUCACGGAGAUGGCUCAACACUACGGGACAAGGGGUGGAGCUAGCCUGGACACGAGGUUGGCAAAUGUUGCCGAUGUGUCGAAACUGAUUUCCCACCUCUCGGCGCGUACCACAAACAUCUACCACGGGCAUGAAAACGUGGCUUACAAAGAGAGUAUAGAACUGAAGCUUGGAGACCAAACUCUCAGAGCGGAUGUUGAGUACUCACAGAACGGGAGACCGAAUCUAACAAACACCCGUUUAGAGGUCAUGGAACAAUGGCCGCCGCUAAAUUGGACAAUUUUAGCGCCUGACAGGAAAUACGACUGGUGUCUCCGAGUCGAUAAUGAGACUGAAGUCCAGCCACUGCCUCAGAAAAUCCUCUCCUUGAUCCAGGAUGUGAUGCUUCUUUCUGAGGAGUCAAAGAGACCAGGCAAUCUCGAGAAUAGAUAUGCCAGGAUCCGCAUCAAGAACGCUGAGAAAUGGAUUACUGAGCUAGGCACGGUUCAUCAAAGAUUGGCUGCGCAGAUACCCUUCCGCGAUACGCCAUUCGUAGUGGAAGUGAGCCGGAACCAUGAGUGGAUUGGUGUGAAUACCAGCACAACCCCUAAGUCGUGGCUGGGAAUUCGAGUAAUCGGCCGCCAUUGGGAAGACAGUCUCAAUUACAAGAGGCCGAAUGAGUUGAAGAAAGACUGGGGAGUCAACCAGAGCGACGUCUGGGCUGGGUCUGAAAUGACGACAGAAGGCCAGUUCGCGGGAUUUGUCUGCCAUAUUUUGGAAGUUUUGUCAGCGCUAGAAGAUGAGAAGAGAGACGAGACGGCAUAA